AUGGUAUCCAUCAAGCAACUCUCCCUCCUGGCCCUCACAACCGGCCUCGCCACCGUCUCCGCCCAAUCCACAGGCAAAACAACACGCUACUGGGACUGCUGCAAAGGCUCCUGCGCCUGGGCAGGAAAAGCCCCCGUCAACAAGCCCAUCGCCACCUGCGACAAGAACGACAACCCCCUCACGAACCUCAACGCAAAGAGCGGAUGCGAAAGCGGAGGAGGCGAGGCAUACAUGUGCACCGACCAGUCCCCCUGGGCCGUAAACGAUGAUCUCGCAUACGGAUUUGCGGCUGUGAAGCUGGCUGGAAAGACAGAGAGUGAUUGGUGCUGUGCUUGCUACGAAAUGACAUUCACAUCCGGCCCCGUCUCCGGCAAGAAAAUGAUCGUACAAACCACAAACACCGGCGGCGACCUCGGCGACAACCACUUCGACAUCGCCAUGCCCGGCGGCGGCGUCGGUAUCUUCAACGCGUGUACCGCGCAAUUCGGUGCUCCGCCCAACGGCUGGGGCCAGCAGUACGGCGGUAUUUCGUCGAGAUCCGAGUGUGACGGUUUCCCUGAGAAGCUAAAGCCGGGCUGCCAGUGGCGGUUCGAUUGGUUUAAGAAUGCGGAUAACCCUAGUGUGAGCUUUAAGGAAGUUACGUGUCCGAAGGAGUUGACGGAUAAGACGGGGUGUGUUAGGCAGUAG